AUGUCUUCAGCGGAGGUGGCCAGGUCAUCCUCCGACAACAAUACUAGCAACGAUGCGACCCCUCGUGCGGAGCUCAACAUCACCAAGCUCCAUGCGCUGCCCUCCGAACAGCAGGACCUCUACCUCCUAACCUUCACCUCCGAUCUGGUGCAGCACAUUUCCGCUCUCGAUAAAGCUCAGGUCUCCGCGGAGCAGAAAUUCUUGAAGAAGGAGUUGUUCAAGGUCCUGACCCUCACCUCACCGACGAUCACACGAGUUAUCCGCAACAAUCUCGGGCGAUGCUUCGGCGCUAUAUUCAGCAAGGGAGACCGUGGGAUAUUGUUUGAGACCGUCACCGACCUGCUAGCCGUGCUGAAUGCGGGCAAGAAUGAAGCAGAUCUUCGGACCAAGUUCGCUGCGGCUCAUUGCUUGGGUGACGUCUUUGCUACGGCGGGGGAGAGCGUCUUCGCUCAGUCUGGCGCUGUCGUCACAAGUCUACUGAAGCUGUUGAAGCCUUCUAGUAAUCAUACGGGCUGUCGAGGAUCCGUAUUUGCUGUGUUGCGCAAGGUAGUCUGUGGCACUGGGGUUCCGGUGGAUGAAGGCACCGCCCGAGAUAUCUGGAAGCAGGCGCGCAAUGCCGCCACGGGUGAUAAGUCAACGUUCGUACAGGUCCAUGCCUGUCGCUGUCUUGAACAACUGCUCCAUACGACACCUUAUUUCGAUAACGCGAACGACUUCGAGACAUUGAAGGCAGUUGUAUGGAAGGUUAUCGACAGCCCGUUGGCACCCGUUCGACACGCCGCCGCAGCUUGUCUCGCCAGGGCACUCACGAAACUGCACGCAAAGGAUGCUAGGAUUAUGCCUGCUCCGAAACCCAAGAAGGCAAAAAGGCAAUCGAAGAAGCCUGGCCCUAGGCCGGGAGAGGAUGAGGAUGAGGCCGAGAUCUCCGAGUCUUCUUCAGCCCCCAAGAAGUCAGAGUCUCGGCUAUACUUCUUACUCCCAGACCUCCUGAAGCAGUUGUCAACACAGUAUCUCCGGAGCACAACAUCCAACCGAGCACGAGCGGGGAUUGCGGUUUGUUACAAGCACGUUCUACGCAUCUUGGGCGAGAAGCUUGUGGAAGAGCGGUAUGACCAGAUCGCUAAUCACCUACUGUUUGAUCUUCUGAACCACCCGACGGUGACAUACAAUCGUUUCCGAUUGCUUAUGACGAGGAAGGUUGUUGGGAGUAUUCUGGAGGAAACUAUUGGCCGUGAUUCCCUCCGAGAGAAUAGUCGUCUCACUGCAGCGAAAUGGCUCAUCAACGAGGUGCUCAAGGACUAUCCGCAGGUUAUCCAGGAGCGUCGCGAGCCUAGCAAGUACACGCUGACCAGUGCUUUGAAUGCCCUCUCUUCCCUAAUUUCUUCGCUGGGCUCUGCCUUUGUUUCCCUAGCCGAGAGUUGCCGUGAUGCGUUGCUCCAAGUACUCGCUCAUCCUAGCUAUACUGUGCAAAUCCACGCGGCGCACUGUCUACGGAUAUUUGUCCUUGCCUGCCCAUUUCAGCUAUUGUCAUGCGUGACAAUCUGCCUGAAUAGUCUCAAUCGCGAAGUCUCGCAGCUGUCGACUCCACGGCAGUCUCCACGCCGCUGUGUUGGCUAUGCCAAUGGCAUGUCUGCGAUGCUGAGUACAUCUCGAUUGCAGCCACUUUAUGGUUCCGUCGAGAUUUACUCUCGUGUGUUCACUCAAGCUACAGAUCUCUUGAAGACCAGCAGCAACUCUGAGUUGCGUGCUGCCAGUACGCAGAUUCAGGUGGCUUGGAUCCUAAUUGGAGGGUUGAUGCCACUCGGACCUAGCUUUGUGAAGAUUCAUCUUUCUCAGCUUAUGUUGCUGUGGAAGAAUGCUCUACCGAAGCACUUGAGUCAAGAGAACUCUGCUAAGAAGGGCUAUCUAGAGAUGAGUUUUCUGGCACAUGUCAGGGAAUGCGCCCUCGGGGCACUACUUGCAUUCAUGGAGUUCAAUGGCAAGAUGAUAACUGCGGACGGGGCAAGAAGAAUCGCCGCUAUGCUGCAAAACACCGUUGAAUUUAUCGACGAGAUCCCGCGACAAAAGUCGACGAUGGAUAUAUCGCAGCGUCUCCACCCCUCCUUGCAACUACACGAUAUCGAGACUAUGGUCCGACGGCGUGUCCUCCAAUGUUUCGCGAAACUUCUCCAUGCCCAUCCGCUCAGCCACGCAGAUGUGAUCUCGCAGUCGAGUCUUCUGAGCUUGGCAAUCUCAUCUUUUGCUGACCCGGAUGCCACCCAGUCUAGUCCUUUAGAGAGUUCAAUCGCAGCGUCAACCGCGCAGUUUGAGAAUCUCUGGGACCUGAGUGAUAACUUCGGGUUCGGAGUAACAGGCUUAGCAAGGGAUUACGUGAGGGCAACUCUCUCAGGGAAGCAUGAGGGUGAGAGUGGUCCAGCCUGGUCGGCUAUCGAAUCAAUGGACCAGGUUGUGGAUGAUACCUUGAUAUUCCCUAUUUGCGACGCCAGUGAGAAUGAUUCAGUCCUGCUUUACUCCGCAAGGCGAGGAGACCGUCUUUCUGCCGAUCCACACUCGACUGGUGUAGUAAAUGCUGCGAUCGAGCUGUUCUCAGUUGCUCUCGGGUUGCAUGCACCAAAGGUCCAAGAAAGUAGCGUCGAACAGAUUGCGACCUAUCUCUCUUCAACAGGCUUGCAGCGCAAUCCUGGGCGCAAAGCGGCUAUGGUCGUCAACAUAUCCGUGGCGCUGCUUCAUACCCUAAAGGUCGCUGUGAAGGAGAGUGGUCCAACCGUUGGCAAGCUUAGCCCUACAACAGAGAAGGUCAUGCAGGAGCUUAUUCAGAAAUUUGUCCUUGAUCCUGACCCAAUUGUGCGGACAGUUGGUGUCGAGGCACUUGGACGCUUAUGCGAGAACUCAGGAAAUUCCUUCACUAACGCCCAGAUCAACUGGGUGGUCGACACUAUCGUUGCGAAUAGGGAACCAAAUGCACGUGCAGGCUGUGCCGCUGCGUUGGGCUGCAUCCAUGCUCAGAUCGGUGGCAUGGCAGCCGGUCUGCACCUGAAGACCAUUGUUGGGGUCUUGAUGUCGCUCUGUAAUGACUCUCAUCCGGUUGUUCAUUUCUGGGCUCUUGGUGGUCUUGAAAAGGUGGCCAACUCUGCGGGCUUGACUUUUUCUCCCUUCGUCUCAAGCACUCUUGGAAUGCUGGCUCAGCUAUACAAUGCUGAUACCCAUAACGAAGAGGCCGAAUCUCUCGCUACGUCCAACAUUGAGAUGUCUUUCCUUACCCCUGUGGUAAUUAGUCGCUGCAUUGACUCUUUGAUCAACGUUUUGGGUCCCGAUCUACAGGAUAUUGCUAAAACGCGAAGCCUGAUCCUCACGCUUUUACGGCAGUUUCAGCUGGAGGAGAAUUCUGCAUUGGUAACUGAGAGCUCAAGGUGCCUUGAUCACUUGUCGCUAUAUGCGCCGGGGUACGUGGACUUCUCUGGAUACGUCAAGCGCCUGCAGAACGAGCUUUCUGCUCAGGAUGCUUUGAUGAGAGACGUGGCUAUUCGAGGCUUAACGAACUUGAUGAAGCGAGACGCAACCGCUGUCAUCGAAGCAGCGACUCCCGCUCUGGAGGAAGGGAUCUGGCUUGCAUUUGAUGACACUCCUAAUAACGCUAUCCUGAAGAGCAUGAUCCGGGAUUGGCUGCAACAGACUGCACUAACUGAGACCGAGCUCUGGAUUCAACGCUGCCAUGACACCCUAACAAAGACGCGCCUUAAAGUCGAAGACUUGCCGCCCAUAUCCGCAAUAAAGCCCACAGCUACUGACCUACCGGAUGAUGAAGUCGCCGGCUUUGCGUCUGCGAUUGCAGGUGCUGGUCCGGACGAUAGCACGGGAGAUGCUGUUGCCGGUCAGGAGCUUCUGAAAUGGCAAACUCGGAACUUCGUUAUGGGCUGUCUGAGUGAAUUGUUGGAGUUGGUGCAGGAAGCGAUUCUGCCAGAUCAGACGAUUCCCGCGGAGUUGGCUCUCCAGCAAAAGGUCGGGGAUAUCGUUAGGAUGGCGUUCUCUGCAUCAACCGCGAACGUGGUUGAACUGCGUGUUUGGGGUUUGAAGAUCCUCGACCAAGUUCUGAAGAUGUUUGGCAAAACACCCGAUCCGGACUUUGCAGAAGCCUCUCUACUUGAGCAGUAUCAGGCUCAGAUUGGGUCGGCUCUGACUCCGGCCUUUGCUGCAGAUUCUUCGCCUGAGCUUGCAUCGGAGGCGAUCAAUGUGUCUGCCACCUUUAUUGCAACUGGUAUAGUGACUAAUGUGGAGCGAAUGGGAAGGAUCUUGAAGCUCUUAGUGCUAGGCCUCGAGAACUUUUCUGCGAACCCCGAUACCACCGAGAUAGGAGAUCUCAAAGGCCUCAACUCCAAUGCAAAAGUCAUGGUCAAGAUGGCGUUGUAUGCAGCUUGGGCACGGCUUCAGAUUGCAAGCAUUGAGCACGAGUAUCUCAAUCAGGUUGUUCAGCCAUACCUGCUGAAGCUUACUCCCCUUUGGCUAGCUUCUCUUCAAGAGUAUGCCCGGCUUCGCUUUGAGCCGGAUAUCUCGGGCAGCCUUGGAACUGGUCCAGAGAGCGGUGAUUUGGACGAAGUUUAUGCCGCUCUUAACCGGGAGACUCUUCUCAAAUUCUAUCAAGAAACUUGGUUGAGCCUUGUUGAUGCUAUUGCUGGCCUCGUGGAGAGGGAUAUUGACUUUGUUUUCGAUGCUCUAGACGGCAAGGCACAGAUCGAGGAGCGGGAGAAGCCCGAAGAAGAGGAUAAACCCAUCAGCGAAGAACCAAAGGGGAAGGGCGAUGAUAUUAAUUACCGUGAUGAACCUGUUGCAUUCUUUUUCGUGCUUUUCGGGUUGGCGUUUGAAGCCCUCGUUGACCAGUCAACGUCGGCCUCGCAGAGAAUGGAGAUUCUCCAGGCUCUCAAGAGAAUCCUGAGACCCAUAAUCUCGGGUAACGCUAUCUACCAAGAUGCCAUCUUCUCUGAAACAAUGGACAGUCUAGACCGGCUUGCGUUGACCGAAGGGACUGCCGUUCAGAAUGUCAUUGUGGAGAUAGCGCGAAACCUUGCCUUAGACCACCCUUCUGCGAAAGGUGGUGAAGACCGCAGCGACCAUCUCUCGGAUGAUAUUGAACAGCUGUUUGAGCUAACGCGGAGCAUCAUCCUCGUCCUUGCCGGCCUCCUACCUAACCUCCGAGAAUCCACUACGAUAGCACGUUUUAACGUGGGUUCAGAUGACGCGCUGUCGCUCAUCCGCCUCUCCCUUUCCUCUCUAGUCAACGUUGCCUCGAUAUUCCCAUCCAUCAUUCGAAACGACCUUAACGCAUGCAUCCUCCACAUCUUCAGCACUAUCCUCGCCACAGGGCUCUGCCAGCAGGAAGUCGUCCCGCAAGCCCUUCCCACAUUCAAACACUUCAUCCUAAGCAUCAGUAACCAGGAAGAUACCAGCCUCAGUCCGGAGAACCAGGAAGAAAACCGCACCGUCGUCUCCCACCAACUCCGCGGCUGUCUCGUCCGCUUCCUAACAACCCUCACAAUUGCCCAGCGCCGCGAGUCCGAGUCCUCCCUCCCCUGCGCCAAAAAUACUCUCCUCACAAUCACCAUCCUCCUAACAACUGGUGGCCACCUCAUUCCCCCGCAUGACCCUAUUCUCCCUCAAAUCCUCAACGAACUCCUCGAUUGCCUCCAGGACGUCGGCCUCGCUAGCGUUGCGGCGGGCUGUAUCCGCUCGAUCCUCCUCUCACCGACUACUAAAUCACCCACUGAUCAAGUCAUCGCCCGCUAUCUGAUCCCAAGGCUUAUUUCCUUCCUCGUCGGCACACCAGCUGAGUCAGGAGAAAUCCCCAACGACCCGGAGAACUCACGAACCAUCAUUGCGCGCACGCUAGUCUCUUGCGUGACCAUGCCGAGCGCAACGAUCUUCGCCUCAGAAGAAACAUCAACAGCCAUCUCCCUGGUCAUUUCGUGUCUCCUUGCGCGCGCUAAACGCGAGGGCUCACCCGUUUACGCCGAGACAGCUGUGUACCUCCUCGAGCUAGCGAAGACCGACCAGAUUAUCUUCAGGACGCUCGUUGGCUCGAUGAAUCCUGUUCAGAAGUCGCUCCUUGAAGAGGUUCUACGAAGCGGUAAUGUUGGUGGUGGCGGUACCGCGGGGCGGCCGCAGGAGGCGCAGAACGGAGGUGGGCAGCAGAGUAUGCCGAGUAUUGCGCUGCGGUUUGAUUUCUAG